UUGAACCCUAAUCCCAAAUCUCACUCUCUCUUUCUCUUCAUUCUCUCGAUUUCGUGUUUUCCAGCUUCGGUUUCAGUUUCGCGAAGGUUCAAUUUGGUACUCAAGCUGUAAUCUUUCUGAUGACAAGCGCUUGGACAAAUAUGAGCUUUGCAUUCAAACAUAGGGAUAUAGAGUGGGAGUGGGAGAAUCGGGGUGGAAUUGUGGUUAUUUUUUUAAAUAAAUGGAGAUUCUUCCUCACUCUCAGAAGGUGUAUGCCUGCUAAUAAUCUGGAAAGGAUGAGGAGAGCAAAUUUAUUUUCAAUAUUGUUAUAGCUUUGGAGCAUCUUUGGAGCAAAUGAGCAAUGGAGCUUGUGGAGCACGGCUCAUCUCAAGGAUUGCUCUCUUGUGGAAAAUAUGAGUAGUCGCUUUUCUCGCACAAUCUAUGUUGGCAACCUGCCCUCUGAUAUAAGGGAAUCAGAAAUUGAAGAUCUAUUCUACAAGUAUGGCCGCAUCAUGGAAAUUGAAUUGAAGGUUCCUCCUCGCCCUCCGUGUUAUUGUUUUGUUGAGUUUGACAAUGCACGAGAUGCGGAAGAUGCAAUUCGGGGUCGGGAUGGUUACAACUUUGAUGGAUGUCGACUAAGGGUGGAGCUUGCCCAUGGAGGUAGAGGGCCAUCAUCAAGUGAUCGACGUGGAUAUGGAGGUGGUGAUGGUGGAGGCCGUGGCAGCGGCGGCGGCGGUGCUGGUGGGGGCCGUUUUGGUGUCUCACGCCAUUCUGAAUUUCGAGUUAUUGUUCGUGGACUCCCAUCUUCUGCAUCCUGGCAAGAUUUGAAGGAUCAUAUGCGAAAGGCUGGUGAUGUUUGUUUUGCUGAAGUUUCCCGUGAUAGUGAAGGGACUUUUGGCCUUGUUGAUUACACUAAUUAUGAUGACAUGAAAUAUGCUAUUCGGAAACUGGAUGAUACUGAAUUUAGAAAUCCUUGGGCGAGAUCAUAUAUUCGGGUGAGAAAGUACGAGAGCAGUCGUUCAAGGAGCCGCAGCAGGAGCCCCAGCAGGAGCAGAAGUCCGAAAAGGGCUAGAAGUAGAUCUUUGGAGCGAUCUGUGUCUAGGUCACGAUCUAUUUCCAGGUCUAGGUCCAGGUCCAGGUCCAGAUCCAGAUCAGCAUCACCAAUCAAGCCUUCCAGGCCAAGAUCACCACGAUCACCACGAUCAGCAUCUCCACGAUCACCACGCCAGGUUCUGUCUGGUGGUGGUAGUUGAUUUCCUGAGAAUGCAUGCGGAUCUCCGAAACUCCAGCACUAUUCUGGGAAGUAUUGGAAUUAUGAUUGAGGGUAUUUGAAUUGUUUAAUGGAUAAUUAUUGUACCAGAGUUGUUAUUGGUUUUUAUCAGUUUGGUUAUUCUGUAGGGAGCUUAAACUAUACUUAACUUGCUCUACCAUAUUGGUCUUGUUUGUAUCAAACGUGAAUAUCGGAUGUUGUUAUCCAUGGCUAUUGUCCUUUCAACUAUUAGUAUUAACAUUUUCAGUUAUAUUUAAGUUUUGACAA